CAGUGCCUUCUCUAGUCCGAUCAGCUGAUUCUCCCUCUUCGAUACUCCAUGUCUCUGUCUCCCUGGAUAUCGUCAACGUAAUAUAUCCCUGCACAUUGGUUUUGCCCCACUCUUGAUAAUAAAUUCUACCAGUAAGCAUUGGAUGCGACCCUGAGAUCACUAUUAGUGCUCACUGAGCUUAGAAAACAAAGAGACAUGUUUGAGUGUUGACUGUUUGUGGUGCAACCUUUGACAUCUAAUAUUCUUUAGUCCAGAGUAAAACGACAACUAUUGUAAUUGUUAAAUAAUUCAUCACUGGAAUAACUAAUGGCAAAUAAUGAAUUGGUGGAGGCUAACACUCAAAGUUGGAUUUGGAGCUGGUUCAGUUGGUCAGGAUCAUCCGUCACCAUGUUGAGAGCAGCUGAGAAAAAAAUCCUCUCCUGUUUAAAAAAUGCUUAUCGAGGCUGGUAUGUCGAUAUUGGGCCGUGUGUGGGUACGGCUGAUAAAAUAUGGACAAUAGCAUUGAAUGAAGAUGCACCAAACACUCCAAUUGUCCUUUUGCACGGUUUGGGUGCUGGAGUUGCACUUUGGUGCCUCAAUCUCGAUAGCUUAUCAACUGAGCGACCAGUAUAUGCUAUGGAUCUACUAGGAUUUGGAAGGAGUAGUAGACCAACUUUUAGUAAUGAAGCUAAAGAAGCCGAAACACAGCUUGUCCGUUCUGUUGAAGAAUGGCGAAGAGAGAUGCAACUUGAGAAAUUCGUUUUACUGGGACACUCGAUGGGUGGUUUUUUAGCAGCUUCUUACGCGAUAAACUACCCCGAGAGGGUGAAACAUCUCAUAUUAGCUGACCCUUGGGGUUUUCCAGAGAAACCAGCGGAUGCUCAUGCGAGAUAUCAAGUGCCAUUUUGGGUAAAAGCCAUUGCAUACAUGAUUCAACCUCUCAAUCCCCUCUGGGCUGUUAGAGUUGCAGGUCCUUUCGGACAGAGACUCAUUGAGACAACGCGACCUGAUAUUGUUAAAAAAUUUAUACCGGUCUUGAAAGAAGAUGCCAAUGUCAUUUUUCAAUACCUGCAUCAAUGCAAUACGCAAACACCAUCUGGAGAGAGUGCAUUCCAUGCGAUGAUGCAGGGUUUUGGAUGGGCGAAGAAUCCAAUAAUUAACAGAAUUGAUCAGAUGAAGACAGAAGUUCCAAUAACAUUGAUUUAUGGCAGUCGAUCGUGGGUGGAUAAUUCAGCGGGGGAAAUAAUAAAACAGAAACGCGUUAAUUCAUACGUUAAUAUUCAAGUAAUAAGUGGUGCUGGUCAUCAUGUUUAUGCAGAUAAAAGUGAAAUUUUCAACAAACAUGUGCGUGAAGCAUGCGCUCUGAGCGAUAGUAUUGCUAAAUUGUCAGCAGAGGAUGCACGACACUCAGUCAAAGUUCCUCCCCGACGUCUACCACCAUUGCCCAUCGAUGGCAACACCUCAAAGUCCGAAGACGAAGGGGAAGUCGUUGAGACUGAAUCCGAAAAACCCCCAUCGAAAACCAGUUGAAUGUAGCCUAACUACAUAGCUCUAGUAAAUUCAAUUACUUCAAGUCAUAACUAAUGAGGAUCUACCUUAUUUUCUUCAAAUAUAAAUAUUUUUUAUAACUCUAGAAGCUGAGAAAAAAAACGUCGAUUACGUUUGAAAAUCAGUCCUAACAUAAUUAUAUAUAAUCCACAAUAAUUUAAUGAAAAAAAAAGGACAGUAAUAAAC